AAAGCUGCCAUGCAGAGAAAGAGAAGCUCCCUGUGAUACAGCGGGAAGCAGAGCUGCUGCGCAAGACCGUUGCAGCGUUGGACAGGUCUGCUCCGCGCCCCAAAAAUGCUCAAGCAUAUUGGAGAAUGGGAGUUGCCUUUACAAGUUUCCCUCCACACCAGGGAAUCUGAAAAAAUGGGAUUUUUACAUCUCUCCAGCCAGCACUGAAAACGAAUGGGGAUUGAAUUGCUUUGCCUCUUUUUCUUAUUUCUGCAAAGAAAUAACGAUGUUCAAGGGACCUGUUCUCAGGAAAGCGCAGUGACUUGUGAAGAUUGUGUUCUUUCCGGACCACACUGCGCUUGGUGUUUCCAAGAGAAUUACACCGACUCAGCUGGAAUUCAUGGGAGGUGUGAUACCCCAGAAAACCUUUUAUCAAAAGGAUGCCAGUUGAAUUUCAUUGAAUUUCCCAUUUCAGAAGUGGAAAUUCACAGAAACAAGCCACUAACUAUAUCAACCCAGAAGAACAAUUCUGAUGUCACGCAGAUUUCUCCUCAAAAAUUAACUCUCAAACUGCGACCAGGACAUGAAGAAACAAUACAGAUCAAGGUUCGCCAAAGUGAAGAUUAUCCAAUUGACCUCUAUUACCUCAUGGAUCUAUCAGCUUCCAUGGAUGAUGAUUUGAAUACAAUAAAAGAGUUAGGCUCAACUCUUUCCAAAGAAAUGUCAAAGCUGACAAGCAACUUCAGGCUGGGUUUUGGAUCUUUUGUUGAAAAACCAGUUUCACCAUUUAUCAAAACUACAGCUGAAGAAAUAAACAACCCUUGCAGAAGUGUACCAUAUGAGUGCUUACCCACCUUUGGAUACAAACAUGUUUUGUCACUAACAAAUGAUGCUGAAAGAUUCAAUGAAAUUGUGAAAGGACAGAGAAUCUCUGCUAAUAUAGAUACUCCAGAGGGAGGAUUUGAUGCAAUUAUGCAGGCAGCUGUUUGCAAGGAAAAAAUUGGAUGGAGGAAUGAUUCUCUGCAUUUGCUGGUGUUUGUGAGUGAUGCUGAUUCCCACUUCGGGAUGGACAGUAAGCUGGCAGGGAUUGUUAUUCCUAAUGAUGGAAACUGUCAUUUGGACCACAACAAUGAAUAUUCCAUGUCAACUGUUCUGGAGUAUCCCACAAUUGGACAAUUAAUUGACAAACUUGUGCAAAACAAUGUUUUAUUAAUUUUUGCAGUAACAAAUGAACAAGUUCACAUAUAUGAGAACUAUGCAAAGCUUAUUCCUGGAGCUACUGUUGGACGACUGCAGAAGGAUUCUGGAAAUAUUCUUCAGUUGAUAAUUGCUGCAUAUCAGGAGCUGAGGUCUGAAGUAGAGCUGGAGGUCUUUGGAGACACAGAAGGACUCAAUCUCUCUUUCACUGCAAUCUGUAACAAUGGGACCUUUUUUCCACAUCAGAGGAAGUGCUCUCAUGUGAAAGUGGGAGACACGGUCUCUUUCAGCGUGAACAUAAGUCUAUCAGCUUGUGAAAAAAAUAGAAGGCACAUUGUGAUAAAACCUGUGGGUCUCAGUGAUACAUUGGAAAUUGAAAUCCAACCCCAAUGCAGCUGUAACUGUCAGGCCGAUGCUGAGAUGAACAGCUCAAAAUGCAGCAAGGGAAAAGGCUAUUUUGAGUGUGGAGUGUGCAUCUGCAACCCUGGGUACAUGGGUCCACACUGCGAGUGUGAUGAGAACUCCCUCAGCACAGGUUCUUGCAAGGGCUCUGUGGAGCAGAGCUCCUGCAGUGGGAGAGGUAACUGCUAUUGUGGGCAGUGCGUUUGCCACCCAUCAAUGUAUGGAAAAGUGUAUGGGCCACACUGUGAAUGUGAUGACUUCUCAUGUGUGAGACACAGAGGACUUCAGUGUGGAGGCAAUGGUGACUGUGACUGUGGGGAAUGCAUGUGCCACAGUGGAUGGACUGGUGAAUACUGUAAUUGCACAACUGACACUGGCUCCUGCAUUUCUGAGGAUGGGACACUGUGCAGUGGGAGAGGCGAAUGCAUCUGUGGGGUGUGUGCUUGCACACAUCCAGGGGCUUCAGGCCAAACAUGUGAAAAAUGCCCUCUGUGUGGUGACCCUUGCAGCUCUAGACGGAGCUGUGUGGAAUGUCAUUUGGCUUCUGAUGACAAGUCGCAGGGAGAAUGCAGUGAAAAAUGCAAAUCAGUUGAUGCAACUGUCAGCACUGCAGAGGAUUUUUCAGAGGAUAAAUCCAUUCCUUGCUCUUUGCAGGGGGAAAAUGAGUGUAUAACCACAUUUCUACUGGCUGUGGAUGAACAGGGAAGGACAGUCAUUCAUAGCAUAAAGCAGAAAGAUUGCCCACAGCUUCCAAAUAUCCCGAUGAUAAUGGUGGGUGUCACCCUUGCUAUCCUCCUGAUUGGCAUUGUUUUGCUUUGUAUAUGGAAAUUGCUGGUGUCAGUUCAAGACCGAAAAGAGGUGGCCAAGUUCGAAGCAGAAAAAUCAAAAGUUAAAUGGCACACGGAAACAAAUCCACUGUACAGAGGCUCAACAAGCACUUUUAAAAAUGUCACUUACAAGAACCAAGAAAAGCAUAAAGGAGCCACGGCUGCAGAUUUCUAUUAGCACUUUGGACACUACAAACUUAAUUUUACUGGCAGGAAAUCUAAAAACUCUAUUUGUUUCUUCUCAGCUGAUUAUGUGAUAUUUGUUCGCAUGUUGCAGUAGUAUAAUCAUUCUGUUAGAGAAAAUAUCUUAUGUUGGGAAAACUAUAGAUAGCACCAGUGGUAAAGGUUAACAGAAAUUAAAAACAAACAGCUUUGA